GCUUCACUCUCACUACAGGAAAUGACAAUUUCUAAUACACUAUGCUAUUAGAAAUUUCCCAGUGUAGGAGCAACUCAAAGUGAGGCACCAAUGUCUUAUGAUGCUAGUGACUCUUCUACCGAUUCUAAUAAGAUGUUUAACUUGUUUGAGAAGACUAUCAUGAAGAUAGGCAAGGAAAAUGUGGUACAAGUUGUGACUGAUAAUGCAAGUGAGAACAAAAAAGCAGGUAACAUGUUGAAGGGAGUGUUCCCACAUAUUUUCUGGACUCCUUGUGCUGCUCACUGUAUCAACUUGAUGUUUGGUGACAUUUUCAAAGAAGCCCCGUAUUCUAAAGUUUUUGGUAAGGCAGUUAAGGUACAUGCUUAUAUCAAUCAAAGGGCAUUGUUGUUGAAUAUGAUGAGGAGAUACACAAAGCAAAGAAAUUUGGUAAAACCCGCCAAGACAAGAUUCGCAACAGCUUUUUUGACUUUGUAUAGUUUUUAUAAGCAAAAGAAAAAUUUGAGAACUUUGUUUAUGUCAACUGAAUGGAAUGAGAGUAUCUAUUCAAAGGAAACUCUUGGUAAAGAAGUUGCAAGACACAUCAUUAGUCCAUUUUUUUGGAAUGACGUUGUUCAAGCACUUAGAGUUGGUGGUCCUUUAAUUCAUGUACUUCGUAUGGUGGAUGGGGAGAAAAAACCACCAAUGGGUUACAUUUAUGAAGCCAUGGACAGGGCCAAAGAAAGUAUUGAAAAGGCAUUCAAUUAUGAUACAAGGAAAUAUAAGAGUGUUUUUGAAAUCAUUGAUGCAAGGUGGACAGAUCAACUUCAUCAACCUUUGCAUGCAGCGGGACACAUUUUGAACCCAGGGAUCUAUUAUAAAAAUAAUGACAUGAAUACUUUAACCGAAGAAGUGUGGCAGGGAUAUCAUAAAUGUGUUGAGAGGAUGAUCCCAGAUAAAAAUUUGCAAGACAAAAUAGGGGAGGAGCUUGGUGUGUACAUGAAAGCGGAUGGCCUACUUGGAAUUGAAUCAGCCAUUAGAGCUAGAACCUUAAGGUCACCAGUUGAAUGGUGGAUGCAAUAUGGUCAUAAUGUCCCAAACUUGCAACAGUUUGCUAUUAGAGUGCAAAGUUUAACUUGUAGCGCAUCCGGUUGUGAGAGAAAUUGGAGCGUGUAUGAACAUAUUCAUAGUAAAAAGAGAAAUAGGCUUGAGUUGACACGCCUCAAUGAUCUAGUGUUCAUCAAAUAUAAUAGAACAUUGGCGCGUCGUUACAAUGCUCGUAAUACCAUUGAUCCAAUUUUGUUGGAUAGUAUUGAUGAGGCAAAUGAAUGGUUAACCGGAGCACCCCAAGAUCACCAAGAUGAAGAAGUGUAUGAAGGAGAAAGUCUCACUUAUGGUGAUGUUUCUAUGGCAAGUGGUGUUGAGGAGAAUAUUUAUAGUUUUAGGAGAAGUACUUUAAGGGGCAAUGAAAGAGGAGCUAGAGGUUCCAGUUCAAGUCGAAACCUUGUUGAUGAGCCUUCUGAUGAUGAAGAAGAUGAUGACCAAGUAGAACCCUUGGUUAUGGCACUUGAAGAGUUUGAGGAUCUUGUUGAAGAAUAGGAGUUUGAUUCUUUUGUGAUUUAAUUAUGUUUUUGAUUUUUUGCUUUAUAUGUUAUGACUUAUGAGUAUUAUUGACUAUCUAUUUACUUUUAAUCUAAGAAUAUAUUACCUCUAUUCAGUUAUUUAAUAUUUUUUUAUUUUUAUACUAAAUAUCGCUUUACUUAAAAAAA